UUCUCCCCGGCUCAUGAUCCUCGCAUGUUGUGGGUCCUGCCUGAAUGCUUGAGUUGACAGGAAAGCUGGGGCUUUGCACCAACACCAGGAAGUGAAGCAGAAGUGAAUCCGCAUGCAGGAGCUGAACUGAAUUUCAUUCCAUUUCAUAACACGGGCAUUUAGGACAUAUCCGAGCUGUAAAUCUGUGUCGAGUGUGUUUUAAUCGCGGUUUGAAGGCAUGGCGUUGUGAAAUGUCGUGAAAGAGUAAAUAUUAGGGCUGUAUGGGGGUCUUGUGAUGCCGUAGUGGGACUGAGACACCCAUGUUAAUUCUUUUAACAUGUACUGGAAUUUCGGCGCCAAUGAGGACUCGGAAGACCAGCCUGCCUGCUGCGAUGCCAAGCAAGAUGGCAGUGCAGAAAUGGGAGCCAAGCAGUCGGCGGUUGGCAGUGCUGUUUUGUCCCAGUCGCCCACCGUAGAAAAUAUCUACGAGGCAUAUGGACAAGGCGAAGAGCGCAAGGCGCACGAGCUGAUCCGGAUCGCCUGCCAGGAGAACAGUGGAGGACGUGCAGACACGCUAGGGCUCCUAUGUGCUUCCAGUCGGCAUGGAGACAUUGAGAGUGUUCGGUUCCUGCUGAAAGAUGCUCGGGUAACGUUUCCUCAAGAACCCAGAGAAGGAAAUCCUGCUGUCUUGGCUGCACAUUACGGUCAUCACACAGUGGUUCAAGAGCUGCUGGACUCCAUUCAGUUUCCAUGCCUCCAAAAAGAUUUGUUGAACUUGAUGCUGGCGACAGCAUGCCAGCAGGGCCAUUUAGAGGUGGUGAAGCUGCUGAUUCUCAAUUACCAGGCCGAUGCAGAGGAUUGCGCACUACAUACCGAUGAGUUUGCAGUUAUAACUGGCCUGCCACUGUACGCUGCCGCCCGGGCAGGAAAUAAGGAGAUUGCUAGGUUUUUGCUGGAGAAUGGAGCCUGCUUCUCUUCGUACACGUUGAUGGACCACGGCACGUUCGCGCAGGAGCUGCUGAGAGAGCGCCUGUUGGAGGACAGGGACACACGCAGUGACGGGAGAGUGCAGCAACCGGUGAGUGUGCAGUGGUCAGGGUUAAAGCUGCCAUGGUUGGAGCUGGACUGGUUCCUGGACGUUUCCUCCAGGAUCACAGUACUGGAUGUGUCACACAACGGCCUGAGUUCCCUGCCCUCCGUGGUGCCGUGGGGCCUCAUAAACCUUCACACACUCAACCUCUCUCACAAUAAGCUGAAAGAGCUGCACACACCCCAGUCCUCUCAGGAAAUCAUCUGCAUCAGAUUACGCCAGGUCAAUCUGUGCGAGAACGAGUUGGAGAGUCUCCCGGUUGGCUUGCUGCAUCUCAGCCAGAUCCAGAGACUUCUUGCAGCCAAGAACAAGCUCAGUGUACUGUUCAGCAUCCCUAAUGGCACUAACUGGAUUGGACUACGCAGGCUUCAGGAGCUGGACGUGUCCGAUAACCUCCUGACUGAUCUCCCGUUCCACGUGCUGCACUGCUUCAAGUCCCUAAACAGCAUCAACAUUAGCAAGAACAGGCUAAGCCGCUUUCCCGACCCCUGGGCCUGUCCUCUGAAAAUCUGCAAAGCUGCGUCCAACCAGAUCCAGAGUCUCCCUGAUACAAUCUCUAUCUUCUGGAGGACUCAUCUGAAGGAGGUGGACUUCUCAGAGAAUGCCCUGAAGGAGCUGCCCUCCUACAUAUUUGAACUCGAGGCCAUCCUCUCCCUGAAGCUAUGUGGGAAUCAGAUCGCCACCCUGCCGCCUCCAAAUAAAUGGAAAUGCUCUCAGCUCCGAACCUUGGACCUGUCCAGAAACCAGCUGGGGAAGCAGGUCAAGUCAGAAGAAAGCACUAAGACCAGGAGGCUUCCUUUCUUAACCACGUGGCAUCGAAGAGACCCAGAACCAGCUUGUCCCGUCCAGUUUCCCGAAAUCCUGAGGGAUACACUGGAAGUCCUGUACCUCAACGACAACCAGCUGGAGUGUGUGCCUCCGUCAGUGUGCACACUUAAAACCCUGUCUGAGCUCUAUCUGUCCAAUAAUCCAGGCAUCCAGGAGCUCCCGGCUGAACUGGGCCAGCUCUCAAACCUCUGGCAGCUGGACCUAGAAGAACUAAACAUUCUCAAUGUGCCCACAGACGUCUGCAGGGAUGGUCCGGCGGCUGUGCUGGCCUUCCUUCGUGCUCAGCUGCGAUGUGCUGAGGCCUGUAGGUUGAUGAAGCUGAUGUUUGUUGGGCCACCGCGUCAGGGGAAGAGCACUUUGCUGGAGGCCCUCCAAACUGGAAGAAACUCUCCUUUUUCUUUGUCUGAUCACAGCAUUCGCACCUCAAACUGGGUGUUAGAGAGACCCAGUGGAGUCAAGAAUAAUAUCGACUCGGUGUCCUUCAACGUGUGGGACAUUGGAGGUCCAGCCAGCAUGUCCACUGUAAACCAAUGUUUCUUCACGGAUAAAGCUCUUUAUGUGGUGGUCUGGAACCUGACACUAGGCGAGGAGGCCGUGGCCAACCUGCAGUCUUGGCUGCUCAACAUUGAGGCACGCGCCCCAAACUCAGCAGUCAUAGUCAUCGGCACUCACCUGGAACUCAUCGACACUAAGUUUCGCACAGAGCGAGUUGCCACACUAAGAGCCUACAUCCUGGCGCUGUGCAGGACACCAUCAGGUGCCAGGGCCAGCGGAUACCCUGACAUCACCUGGAAGCAUCUGCAUGAGGUUUCGUGUAAAAACCUGGAAGGCAUGGACGGUCUCAAGAGGCUCCUGUAUCAGGUGGCCUGCUCCAUGAAGGACAUUAGCAAUCCAGCCAGCUGCCACAAACUGGUGGGAAGACUGAUCCCCAAGAGCUACCUAAACCUUCAGGAGGCUGUGAUAGUGGAGCGUCAAAGGAGAGAUGCAGAAGAUGAGGUCCAGUAUCUGACAGAUCUUGAGCUGGAGCAGAUAAUUGAACACAGUCCAGACAGCGAUAUUAAAGACUAUGAGGACCUCCAGACUGCGAUCAGAUUUUUAAUUGAGACGGGCACUGUGCUGCACUUCUCUGAUACGAGCCAUGGCUUGUGUAAGCUUUACUUCUUGGAUGCUGUAUGGCUAGCCGAGUGUUUAGAGCGGAUUGUGCAUCUGAAGAGCUCACGCUCUGUGGCGCGGAACGGACUGAUCCGAACCGAGGACCUGCGCAUGCUGUUGAUCGGCACCGGCUUUACCCAGCACACCGAGGAGCAGUACUUCCAAUUCCUCGCCAAGUUCGAGAUCGCUCUGCCUGUGGCCAGCAACAGUUAUCUCCUGCCACACCUGUUGCCUCCAAAACCAGCCAUGGAUAUCCAUGGCUUUCGCCAACACACCAGCAACACCAUCCAGCGUCACUUUAAGAUGAGCUUCGUUCCAGCCGGAUUCUGGGAGCGCUUCAUCGCUCGCAUGCUGAUCAGUCUGAAUCAAAUGGACCUGCAGGCCUUGGAGACUAAGAAAGGCUCACGGAGCCCACGGAACAGGAACACAGUGAUUUAUAGCUUUGCUGGAAAACAGCAGAAGAACCGCUGCAGCACGUUCCGAGUGCGUCGAAGCCAGACCAUCUACUGGAAAGAAGGAUUGUUGGUCACCUUUGAUGGAGGAUACCUGAGUGUUGAAUCAUCAGACCUGAACUGGAAGAAGAAGAAGAGUGGUGGAAUUAAGAUUAUCUGUCAGUCCGAAACGAGGGACUUCUCAGCGAUGGCCUUCAUAACUGACCAUGUUAAUGCUCUCAUAGAGCAGUGGUUUCCAGCGUUGACAGCGAGCGAGAGUGACGGAUCUCUGCUGAUCGAGCAGUAUGCACCCUGUCCUUAUUGCACUAUGUUCUCACGCCCCAAUGACUCGGUUCCUCAGACCAGCUCUACCUGGUCGGUUUCUCAGACCAGCUCUACCAGCACUACAGUUCACUAUUUCAACAUGGAGGACUGUGUGCUGGCUGCUGCAGAGAAAGAGCACAUCAGCUGCCCUAAUCACCCCAAAGAGCUCGUGCCCCUCCAGGAGCUCGUACCUGAGCUCUUCAUGACGGACUUCCCCUCAAGGUUGUUUCUGGUAAAAAGUGAACUGGAAUGGAGUGAACAGGAGAAAGAUAUUCUUGGACAGGGAGGCAGCGGAACCAUCAUCUACAAAGCCAAGUACAGAGGGCAGCCAGUGGCCAUCAAACGGUUCCCCUUUAAGAAAUGCCGGCAGCAGACCCUCAACAGCGGCACAGACACCAUGCUGAAGCACCUGCAGUCUGUGGACGCUGCAAAAAGCUUCUCAGAGUUCCGACAGGAGGCCAGCAUGUUACACACCCUGCAGCACCCCUGCAUUGUAGCCCUGCUGGGCAUCAGCAUCUACCCGCUAUGUUUUGCUUUACAACUGGCGCCACUUGGGAGCCUCAACACCGUGCUGGAGGAACGCAGCAAAGGCUCCUUAUUCAUUCCCCUAGGCCACAUGCUGACCUUCAAAGCUGCCUAUCAGGUUGCUGCAGGAUUGGCCUACCUUCACAGGAAGAACAUAAUCUUCUGUGAUCUGAAGUCAGACAACAUCCUCGUCUGGUCGCUGCAGGUGGAGGACUCGGUCAACGUCAAGCUGUCCGACUAUGGCAUAUCCCGACAGUCUUUUCACGAGGGAGCUCUGGGGGUGGAGGGCACACCGGGCUACCAGGCUCCUGAAAUCCGCCCUGGCAUCGUCUAUGACGAGAAGGUGGACAUGUUCUCUUAUGGGAUGGUCCUAUACGAGCUGUUGUCUGGACGCCGGCCAUCGUUGGGUCAUCACCAGCUGCAGAUAGCGAAGAAACUCUCCAAGGGUGUACGGCCUGUUCUGGGAAUCCCAGAGGAAGUGCAAUUCUAUUGCCUCCAGGCAUUGAUGCAGGAAUGCUGGGAAACCAAACCAGAGAAGCGUCCUCUAGCCAUGCCUAUCCUAAGACAGAUGCAGGAGCCGAGUUUUGCCUGUCUGAGGUACCUGUUGCCCUGCGAGCAGCAAAGCCAGCUCUUCCUCUCCUCGCUUCAGGGCUACAGCGCCGUCUUCUGGGACGGAGAAAAGGACAACAGGAACUACACGGUGGUGAACGCAGCCAAAGGUCAGGUGGAGGUGAAGCGAAUGCCAUGCCCAGGAUCUCGCCUUAGCUGUCAGCUGAAGAUGGAGAACACCCUGUGGACCGCCACCGAGGAGCAGGAAGUUUUUAUCUACAGCCUGAAAGAGAUGUGUCCCCUGAGUCACCCGCAGAAACUCCUCUCUUGUCCGGCCGUGGUCACCUGCCUCACGCUGCUGCCAGCCAGGUCAGAGUCUCUGCCACGGGUUUUCGCUGGCAUGGCAGAUGGCCUGAUUGCUGUGUACACACUAGUGGAUGAUUUGCCAUUGGAAGGCGAGGCCUACGUGUGCUCUCACACUGUGAACAAGACUUUGUUGAAGAUGGAGGAUUUGGACCCACGCCAAAGACCAUACCCUGUAAAGUGCAUCGUGCCUGUACGCUCCGGCUCUGAGGUGUGGUACACUAAUGGGCCAGGUAUGCUUGUGAUCGACAGCCUCACACUGCAGCCGAUUCGCCGCCUCGACCCUUACGUCCCACCUUCCUGCGUGGUCUCCAUGGCGUCCGCUCCGAGUUUCAGAGGUGAUGAGGCCAUCUGGUGUCUGGAUGACCACACUAACAAGCUGCUAAUGUACCAUGCCAAUAGCUACCAGCUCUGUGCCAGUUACAGCUGUGGUGACUCGCACCCAUUACGAGAUGUUUUCCCUAUCCAGAAUCCAGCAGGAGUUACAGAUGUCACUUUGGAUACUAAGGUACAAACUGAGGAAGAGGAACCGGGUUCACCGGAGCUUAAACCCACACACAGUGACAAUGCCAUCGUGACAAUAAUGCACAGCAAGGAUGCUGGCACACAGAUCCUCAACCAGCAGGACUCAGUAGAUUACUGCUCCAUCAGCUCCUCAGGGUUCAGCUCAGAGCAGCUGGCAGGACUUACCAACUUAGAAGGUUCCAGCUCAGGUGCCCUCAGCUCCCUAGCCAGCUCCAGCAGCAUGCCCUUCUCCACAGAUUGUGAGGAUUCAGACAGGGCUCAAGACGAGCAGAACUCAGAGGAGUCUUUGCCUCUAGAAAGUGCAGAUCCACCACCACAGAACCGGACCAUUUCCAACCUUCAGGCCCUUAAUGUGGUUCCAGUUAGCGACACAUUAUGGAUACCCAGGUGUGGAGGGGACAUAAUGGUGAUCGAGGUGCAGGAACAGUCAGGGCUGCUUCGAGGUCGUGUGAUCGCUGUGCUGACUGUCCCAGAAGUACAGCAGUAUGGGGUCCUAGUGGAAGCUGCGCUGGUUGCAAAGGACACUGUUGUAUGCGGCUUUCGUAACGAAAACAUGGCCUGGUGCCUGGCUGUCUGGAGGGGCUGGGGAGGCCGCGAGCUCGAGCUCUUCUACCAGUCCUAUGAGGAGCUUGGCCGUUUGGAGACCAACAUAAAGAAAAGAAGGUAGCUGUGUGUGAGCGCGUGUUGCAGAGCAGAAUCGCAGCACUGUGUGGUUAAAAGGUGACUUUAGGGAAUACACACAUGUGGAGCUAACAGGACUCAACUAUGGUGAAUGAGCUGACCUGCGUACUAGAUACUCUACACGUACACAAGCCAUGGAUUGAGCAUAUAUACUGGGCAGCUGGAUUCAGAGACUUCAUUACACAGACAGACACCCCAUACAUCGUUGCCAUAUGGGCUUACACAUGUCUAUACAUUUUGGACUGUAUCUCCAAACACACACAUUAUUAUAUUGGCUGAAUCAGAGGCAUGAGUGAGGAGAACUGACAUUAGUGCUAUGUUCAUGAAAGGGAAGGUACAUUAACUCAGUAAAGAACAAUACUAGGAAUGUCUGUGUUUGUCUGUGUGUGUGUGUGUGUGUGUGUGUGUGUGUGUGUGUGUAGCACAGCAAAUUAAUCAGCAACCAAGAAACUUGAGACUAGAGCACACAGACUUCCUGUAACAACAGCUCAGCUGUAUUGGAUGUGUAUCUGACUUGGGGCCAAGUCAGUAUUUGUAUUUCAAAUUAUGACCAGCAAUAAGGAGCCCUGUAUUAACCUCAUCUUCCCCGGAGAAACUUCUUUAUACAUUGAAGCCAAUCACAGGUUUCUAAACGAUUUCAGAAUUUUUUCGGACCUGAAAUGUAAUGGUUCAUCCAAGACAUUUGCUUUUUUGUUUUAGUUUUGCACAGGAGCAAUGAGGCUGUUGUAGUUACCUUUCACAUAUAUGCAGCAUCCAUCAUAGCCCAUGCAGUUUUCAAUUAAUAUGAAUAGACUUGUUGACGUAGUUUGGGACACGGUGCAAACUUUCAUCUUAGACAACCAGAAACAUUUAUUUUCCUUGGUGCAAAUUUGGUACAUUUUACCUCUUUAGACUCAGCCUUCCAAAGUUGAUCAUAAUAUAAAGACGGUGACAAAUGAAUAAAAAUAUCAAAGUCUUUUUGUAAGGGUUUGGCUCAUCAUGAGUCAUAAGGACAGUUACACUGUGCUUUAGGGGGUUUCUACAAGUGUCUGGAAGUGUACUGGAGGGACAGACACUAUUCAUCCAAAAGAUAUUCUUUCAGUUGGUGUUUUGAAGAUAGUGAGCACUGUCCACCAACACGUCGCUCCAAAAUCUCCCACAGGUAUUCAGACGGGUUGAGAUUAAGUGAGUGUGAAGGCCAUAGCAUAUAAUUCACAUAAUUUUCAUCAUCAUUAAAGUACUCAGUGAGCUUUUCAGGUCUGUGGAUCAGGCUGAAGUUGUCUCGGUAGAGACCAAUCCCAUUAGGACAGAAAUGUUUCAUUCAAGGAUAAAGGUGACCAGUUACAACUUUUAUAUUGACUUGCAGCUACUUUUUCCUCUAAGAAGACAAAAGAAGGACCAUUUAAACCAUGGCAACCAGAAAAAUGCUGAACAUUUGUCAAAUUUCAAAUAAUCUGUAAAAUCUGUAAAUAUUAAUUAUUUUUAAACAUCUUUGUGAGGUAUGUAUUUGAACAAUUACUAAAUUUUAUUGAAACAAUUAUACAAUAUAUAAGCUUUGGCCAUUCUGAAAAUGUUAGGUAAUACUGUAGAUAGCUACACUAUAUGCACAAAACUAUUGGAACAUCUAACUUUUCCAGCCAUAUGUGGUUCUUUCCCAAACGGUUACAAAUCUGGAGGCAUGCGGUUGUAUAAAAUACCUUUCAAUGUGGUACUGAAUUUUCCCUUCACUUGAACUAGGAUACUCAAACCUGUUCAUAUCUUUACUGGUCUGCCAUAGAGUUCGGACCUCAGCCUUAUUAAACACCUUUGGGAUAAAAUACAUCAGUACCUGACAUUAAUAACACUCUUGUGGAAAAGAUCUCCACGAUCACAUUUCAAAAUCUAGUGGAACAUCUUCCCAGAAGAGUGGAGGCUUAUAACAGCAAAUGAGCAACAAACAUGGAAAGGGAUGUUCAAAAAGCACAUACAAAUCUUAUGAUCAGGUUUCCACAAAAACCUUUUUGAAUUUGUGUAUAUUAGACUUGGAGCUCCAGUGCAAAACUAAAAAAAAAGCAAAUGUUGAACCUUAAUAUUAAAUUAAAUUAUUUCAUACAUUUGGGUUAGAAAAUAGAAGAAAUUCUAUUAAACAAUUAUUUUACUUUUUCACUUGCAGAAAUACCAGCAUGUUUGCUUUUCAUAUUGUACAUAUGUAGCAGUUUGUAUGCAGGUAAUUGUAUGAUAUUUAUGUUCUAUAAAUCUGCAUGUGUAAAUAGAUUGUUGCUGUAUUGUAAAUUUAAAUAAAAGGGUUUUUGUUGAA